AUGGCAAACAUGGAACUGGUGGAUUUGGAAAAAGAGCUGACUUGUUCUAUCUGUACAGAAUUACUCUACCAACCGCUAACCGUUCUUGACUGCCUCCAUACCUUCUGCGGCUGUUGCCUCAAGGAGUGGUUCUCAUGGCAGCAACUGCACCCUAACUUAGGACGAAGCCCACGGUUUACUUGUCCCUCUUGUAGGUCUGUUGUCCGGGAUACCAAACAUGACGCGAAAGUCACCACCCUUCUAGACCUUUUCCUCCGAUCACACCCUGACAAGGAAAAAUCUAUCGAUGAAAAGGCUGAAAUUGCCAAAAACUAUAAACGUGGGGACGAUGUUCUACCGGUGGAGAGAAACCCCGCACGGACGUCGCGGAGUGACGAAGAAGAGGAGGAAGACCGCAGGUUAAUGGAAGAAGUCAGAGAACUUAGUCUAAGAGAUUCUCAUGAAAGAGGAAGUUACAGAGACUCCCGUUCAUUCACUUCCCGGACCCAUCGCGGAGCAGAUCAACCCAGUGACCAACAGAGGGUUGAAGAUGCACGGAGAAGAAGACGUGCCGCAAGGCAGACGAGUACUACGACGCGGUCACGAAGUCCUCUUGAUAGGAGUGCGGAUCGAUCAAGGCAAGUAGAGCACCAAGCCAGCUUACGGUCUCUUCUCAGUAAUCCUGAUUUUACCGAAACUGCCAUUCAAGAAGAAAUUUUGAGACAAAUCGCUGAAGAAGGCCUAUUGGAUGGAAUCGACCUACAAAGUCUUAACCCCGAGCAAGAAGAGGAACUUACAGAGCGCAUAGCGGAGGCAUUUCGAAGGCGCCAACGGCACAGAACUAGGUCACAUGGAGAAUCCAGCGGAGCCGAGGGGACUUCUUCGAGACAACCACGGUCCCGUUCACACAGCACAGGUGGCCGACAUGCCACUCAAAUAAGCUCUUCAGAGGAUAGUCGAAGGCACCUAUUAGAAUCAAGAGGCACUGCUUCUGCAUCUCAUCGAAGAAACGCCUCGGAUCGUGGAAUUGGCCGCAGACGCACUUCACCCAUUCCGGGAUCAUUAGAAGGGUCAAUUACACCCGCUCGACGAUCUGCCACCGAUGUCUCAGAGCAUUCCCGCGACAGCCGCUCACGACCUAGAACUCACGCAAGCUCACGAAGUGGAGCUGCAAGUGCCAGUGACCAAACUGGAAGGUUGCAUGUUAGGCAACAUCGUGGUAGCUCAAGAUCUGACCAACGCAGCUUACCAGACCGACAUAGUUCAGACUCUCCAACUAUUGUCAACUCCCCAGUUUCCGAUACUUUCCAACCUCCGUCGCCCAGGACUUCAAAUUCGAGCACCGAGCAAAGUCGCCACAGAUCGGACUCACGUUCAAGGUCGAACAAUAUACCAAAUCGUUCAGUUGUUCCAUCAUAUGUAACUCCGUCGCCCCAGUCAGAGCUAUAUAGCAGGACCUCGAUUCCUUCGUUCGUCGAGCCGUCAAUUUCGUGCGAAAGGUGUCACCAGAAACAUCUAGAAUACGAACUCCAUAAGAUAUGUACCCUUUGCAAAGAUGGGGCCUACUGUCUCUGCCUAGGUUGUUACCGUCGAGAACUUGGGUGUCUGCACUGGUUCGGCUUUGGCAAGGCAGCACAGACUCGAUUCGAGAAAAGUUUGGAGCCUUCUUCUACGGAACAGCAAAAACGCGAGGGCCCACAUAGACUUCGAUCUCGCAGAUAUAUACCUCCUGCAGAAGAAACGAUCCUGUCCGUUAGCAGGGAGAAUGAAAGACAGACAACAAACUCAGACCCGUCAACUAGACUGCAAGAUGGGCUAUUCUGUGACAUAUGCCACUCAUUUUCGGAUGAUUGUUUUUGGAAGUGCAGCCAGUGUAACGAAGGCGAGUGGGGGUUUUGCAGCUCCUGUGUGGGCCGAGGAAAGUGCUGCACCCAUCCACUUCUCCCGAUCACGCGCGUUGACGAAGCUACUGGAAACUCAAUGCACUCUGUUCCGGCUAGUAGGCGUAAUUCGGCGUGCGUUCUGGUCCCAGGAUCCAGCCUCGUUGUUGAAACAAGGCGGUACGGCAUAUUGUCGUUCUCAACCAAAUGCAAUAUCUGUGCAUAUCCGAUCCCGCCUUCUGUCACUCGAUACCACUGCCCCACUUGCGAAGAUGGCGACUAUGAUAUUUGCACUAAUUGCUACUUGAAAUUGGGUGCAACUGGAAGGAUCAGCAGGGACAAUGGAAGAAAUGGCUGGCGGCGAUGUCCACACAACCACCGCAUGAUCAUCGUUGGGUUUGAGGACCAUGAAGAAGGCCAGAAACGCGUCGUAGUAAAAGGGCUAGUUGGCGGGUAUGCAUGGAAGGAUGACUUUGGCCCAACUAUCUCCAAUAAUAGCGGUACCAACCGUUCCGAGAGCGCAUCUCCCCACAGUCCUUUAUCUCGCCAAGACUCGGAUCCAUGGGAGUGGCCCGAAGGCGCGAACCCUGAUGCUCAGGUCAAGGGGAGUCGGCGCAAACUCAAUCGGUCGCGGCACCAUAUCAGUGCUGGCUCAGCAGAAACACCAAAAAACACCCUUACCAUGCGAUUUCCGCCAUCAGGCGGAAUUGGGCUGCGUCUAAUUGCUCUCUGGUCGUACUACCCCGAACCAGAAGAGACAGAUGAAAUCAUGUUCCCUCGAGGUGCAGAAAUUACCGAAGCCGAGAACAUCAACGACGACUGGCUAUGGGGCUGCUAUGCUGGCCAAAAAGGGCUGUUCCCGGGAAAUUAUGCGAGUGUUGUGGAGGAGAUAGGAAUGGUGUGA